AUGGCCAGUAAAGUGCUGGAUCUGAUCUACUGGCGAGACGUGCGGACCACGGGUCUGGUGUUUACUGGGCUGGUGGUGGGCUUUGCUUGUCUAUUCCAGCUCAGUGCCAUCUCCGUGCUGUCUAAUUUGGGCCUAGGAAUACUGGCUUUCACGCUGCCUGUCCGACUUCUGUACAAAGUACUGGAACUUGUGCGCCUCAACAACAGAGUCCACCCUUUUCAGCCUUAUUUAGAUGAAGACAGCUCUUUGACAGAUGAGGACACAGUCCGUGCUGUGGAGCACAUCGUACUGCUCGUAGCUUUUGCUGUCUCUGAGCUGAAGCGUCUGUUCCUCGUUGACAGUAUUGUAGACUCAGUCAAGUUCCUUGUGCUCCUAUACUUACUGACCUAUGUGGGAGUCCAGACCAAUGGUCUCACUCUUAUGAUCAUCGGUGUGAUCUGUGUCUUCUCUCUACCACUGUCCUACAAACUACAGCAGGAACGGAUUGCCACGAUUUACAAAGCAGUUAAAACCAUCUUGAAAAAAAUCAAAAACUUAUUCAAGACCCUGUCCUCACUGGUCAAGCUUGCACCUGAAACAGCUUCAUCCCCUGCUCUGACACGCACCCACACACCCAAACUGAAAGUCAGAACAAAGAGAGAGUAA